ACAGGAAGAAAUGCAACCACCAUACAAGGAAUGCUGAAUGAAUCAGAGGGAGAGGGUGAGGUGUGUGGUGGUUCCAUGUCCAGUAUUGAAUAAUUUCCGCUCUCGGCAGCUCGAUGGACGACACCUCCAUUCGAAGCUUAUACGUAGAGGACAAAUAAGUGCUCUCGAGGUUUCAAUCCUCGUUUCUUUCUGGUAGAUUGUACACAUAUGAUGGAACGGGCGAUGGAGCAGCUAAACGUGCAGCUGAACAGGCUGACGCGCUCCCUUCGUCGAGCUAGGACCGUGGAACUCCCGGAAGACAAUGAGACCGCCGUGUACACUCUUAUGCCCAUGGUGAUGGCUGACCAACACAGAUCAGUGUCAGAGCUGCUGCUGAAUUCCAAGUUCGAUGUGAACUACGCUUUUGGACGAGUGAAGAGGAGCCUCCUACAUAUUGCUGCCAACUGUGGAUCAGUGGAGUGUCUUGUGCUGCUGCUAAAGAGAGGAGCUAGUCCUAACUACCAGGACAUCUCUGGCUGCACGCCUCUCCACCUCGCCGCCAGGAAUGGGCAGAAGAAGUGCAUGGGCCGCCUGCUGGAGUACAACGCAGACGUCAACAUCUGCAACAACGAGGGCCUGACUGCUAUCCACUGGCUGGCAGUGAACGGCCGCACGGAGCUCCUGCACGACCUGGUGCAGCAUGUGACCAACGUGGACGUGGAGGACGCCAUGGGGCAGACUGCCCUGCACGUGGCCUGCCAGAACGGACACAAGACAACGGUGCAGUGCCUGCUGGACAGCGGAGCUGACGUCAACAGACCCAACGUCUCCGGAGCCACGCCCCUCUACUUCGCCUGCAGUCACGGCCAGAGAGACACAGCUCAGAUUCUGCUCUCCAGAGGAGCCAAGUAUCUUCCUGACAAGAAUGGAGUCACUCCCCUGGACCUCUGUGUGCAGGGUGGGUACGGAGAGACGUGUGAGAUUCUGAUCCAGCACCACGGCCGCCUGUUCCAGACCCUCAUUCAGAUGACGCAGAAUGAUGACAUCAGAGAGAACAUGCUCAGGCAGGUUCUAGAACACGUGUCCCAGCAGAGUGACGGUCACUACCAGAGGAUUCUGACCAGCCUGGCGGAGGUAGCCACCACUAACGGACACAAGCUGCUCAGUCUGUCCAGCAGCUACGAGGCCCAGAUGAAGAGCCUGCUGAAGAUCGUCAGGAUCUUCUGUCAUGUCUUCCGCCUGGGCCCCUCCUCCCCCAACAACGGCAACGACAUGGGCUACAACGGCAACAAGACGGCCCGCAGCCUGGUGUUCAAGCCCCUGGAGCUGCUGUGGCACUCCCUGGAGGAGUGGCUGGUCCUCAUCUCCACCGAGCUGGAGAAGACCCACCGCGACCCCAGCUCCUCCUCCUCCAGCAGCGAGAUCGCCUCGCUCCUCCUCAAGCAGCGCGAGGUCGACGCCUCUUCCGCCGCCGUCGCCGCCGCCGUCUCCGAGGGCCUCCCGUCGUCGCUGGACCCCUACGUCGUCAUGGAGACGCCCGAGGUGUACGCCGACGGAGAGGACGUCAUCUCCAUGACGGCCAGCCGUCUGAGCGCCGUCAUCCAGGCCUUCUACAUGUGCUGCUCCUGUCAGAUGCCCCAGGGGAUGACGUCGCCUCGUUUCAUCGAGUUUGUGUGCAAGCAUGACGAGGUGCUCAAGUGUUUCGUAACCAGGAAUCCAAAGAUUAUCUUCAACCACUUCCACUUCCUGUUGGAGUGUCCGGAGCUCAUGUCUCGUUUCAUGCACAUCAUCAAAGGACAGCCUUUCAAGGACCGCUGCGAGUGGUUCUACGAGCAUCUGUUGGCGGGACAGCCCGACUCUGACAUGGUCCACCGGCCGGUCAACGAGAACGACAUCCUGCUCAUCCACAGAGAGUCCAUAUUCAGGAGCAGCUGUGAGAUGGUCUCCAAGUCCACCAAUGAGAAGCUCAAACAGGGCAUCGCCGUGCGUUUCCACGGCGAGGAAGGAAUGGGCCAGGGCGUUGUCCGAGAGUGGUUUGACGUCCUGUCCAACGAGAUCAUCAACCCGGAUUACGCUCUCUUCACACAGUCUGCUGACGGCACCACCUUCCAGCCCAACAGUAACUCCUCGGUGAAUCCGGACCACCUGAACUACUUCCAGUUUGCUGGUCAGGUCCUGGGCCUGGCAUUGUACCACCGGCAGCUGGUCAACAUCUACUUCACCCGCUCCUUCUACAAGCACAUCCUGGGCAUCCCGGUGAACUACCAGGAUGUGUCGUCCAUCGAUCCGGAGUACGCCAAAAACCUGCAGUGGAUCCUGGACAACGACAUCAGCGACCUGGGCCUGGAGCUCACCUUCUCCGUGGAGACCGACGUGUUCGGCGCCAUGGAGGAAGUGCCGCUCAAACCGGGCGGGAUCAGCAUCAUCGUCACCCAGGACAACAAGGCAGAGUAUGUCCAGCUGGUGACUGAGUUGAGGAUGACUCGAGCCAUCCAGCCCCAGAUCAACGCCUUCCUUCAGGGCUUCCACACCUUCAUCCCCCCCUCCCUCAUCCAGCUCUUCGACGAAUACGAGCUGGAGCUCUUGCUGUCAGGUAUGCCAGAGAUUGAUGUCCAGGACUGGUUCAGGAACACAGAGUACACCAGCGGCUACGACCUUCAGGAGCCAGUCAUUCAGUGGUUCUGGGAGGUGGUGAAGAGUCUCAUUCAGGAGGAGAGAGUUCUUCUGCUGCAGUUUGUGACGGGCAGCUCCAGGGUCCCCCACGGUGGCUUUGCCUUCCUGAUGGGGGGGAGCGGCCUCCAGAAGUUCACCAUCGCUGCAGUACCGUACACCUCCAACCUGCUGCCCACCUCCAGCACCUGUAUCAACAUGCUGAAACUCCCAGAAUACCCGAGCCAGGAAGUCCUACGAGACCGUCUGCUGGUUGCACUGCAUUGUGGGAGCUACGGCUACACCAUGGCCUGAUUCCUGCACCUGCUCUCCGCUCCUACGACUGACACGCGUGUGCGUGGGUUUUAGUUACGACAGACAUGCGUGUGCUUGGGUUUUAGUGGUCAACUCAGAACAGGGAACUGGACCUCUCUGGACCUAUGCUGUGGUUUUCUGUGGGUGAGGCACGCAUUGACUCUUCAACAAAGGAACAUCAGACACUCUAUCUAGGACAACUAAAGACGGUGGAAGCCAGAGAGACUCCUGGAAGUUCCGGCCUUUUACCCUCUCGGACCUGCCAAAAUCACGUCUCCACACCACCAAUCAAAUGCUUCUUCUGGAUCUAUGCAACCAGAUGCAGCCAGUCAGCUGAGCUGAACUGAUGUACUGUUAAAUGUGUGUGUGUGUGUGUGUGAGAAAGAAAGAGAUUUCACUUCCCUGUGGCUUGACUCCAUAAUCUCCUGGUCUAGGGAUCUUGUGUGUGUGUGUGUGCAUAUGUGUGUGUGUGUGUGUGUGUGUGUGCACAUCUGCUCCGACAGUGUGGUCUGCAGAUGUAGCAACUAGAGGCGUGGCCCUGUGGGCGGGUACACGUGCCCAGACAUGGCUGUAGCUCCUCCCCCAUGCUGUAGCUCCUCUCCCAUGACUUGACUCCUCCCCCAUGCAGUGGCCCCUCCCCCUCCGUGUCCUUCUCCUGAUCUGUGUCUUCAUUCGGAAGUCUGUCUUCUGUGCUUGUGUUGUCUAUGGCCUUGUAGUAUUCAACAGGGGAUCAAUACUCUAAGUGGCAAAUGUUUUGGCCUCCUUUGCCAAAUAUCUGAGCAGAAUUUAUUACUCAAUUUUUACUUAAUUUUUUAUUUCCCUUACGUGAACAUUUAUGCUGAACAUGUUGUUUUUAGUCUAAAAGGACACAAUCAUAUCAUCAUGACAUGAAUGUAUCAAGAUGAUAAACCUUCUUUCUGUUUGGUUUGAAGGACUUCACGUCGACAUGGGAAUGUAAAUAAUAAUGUCAUUCUACUCAUCAGUAUUGUUUUGAAUGUAUCCCAUGUUUUGCAUUUGUUUUUCGAUGUUGGUUGUGAACAGAGACUUUAUAGAUAUUUCUGCAAAUAACUCGAACAAUACAGUAUGUAUUUUAUCAUAAA